CUCCCCUUCUCCUCCCAACCCCGGCCAGCCAUCACCUCCCUGUAAGUUGUAACCCAACCACCGCCGCAGCCACCCAAGCCCAAACAACCAAAUCGCCUCCUGGGGCAACUUUGACUUAUCGUGUGCUAAUGGCUUGGCACAAGGGUUCUAGGAGAGAAUGAGAAUACUAAGUUGGGCCCAUUCAUCCUACUCGUAUUCUCGUCGGAAUUGCAAGCAUCUCAACUUAAUUCUUCAGUUCCAAUUUUGUGCACUCUUCUCCGUCAUUUUGUCUCUCACGAAACCAGCUGAGGAGUGACAGAGAAAUUAAGUCCCAAUGGAUCUCACUCCGUUUAAGCGUGACAUUGAUGAGCUUAUAGAUGCAUUUGCUGAGGGUGAAUCAACGAGUUUGGCUGACAUGAAGAGAAUAUGGCUUUCCAAAAAGUUCUCUUACAUUUACGAGGCACGUCCUUCUACCAACUUGGCCUUCUUUAUGCAGUCAUUAUAUGCCCAUUCAAUUGGAUACAUAAUCGGUACAGCUACUUUAUCACACAGACUGGGUGGGCUCUAUUGCCUCUUCUGUCUCUAUGAGACUCAACCAUUCAAACCUCCUUUUAAGAUUUAUCUAUCUCUUGAAGAACUGAAGAAACUUCGAAAGCUGGUUAUUGAUGCAAAGGAACACGAUUUAAGAGUGGUAUCUGCUUUGGUGAAAAGGAUGCUAGAAAAGAAUGUUUUCCUGUUUGGGUCUGUAGACACAAAUGAAGGCUCUUUUACAGAGACGGUAGACCAACUGACACAGUUACAGAAUGCUCGAGUUCAAGUUGCAUACAAGGAGUUAUUUGCUAAUACUAAGAUUGAGGACUUUCUCCACAUGGAUUUGGGAAUGGAAGUUGACCUGAAUAUGCUCAAGAAAAUGUCAACAGAUUAUGCAGAGGCCAAGAAAAUAGCAAUUAAUGAGGCCAGCAAGGUCGUGGAUGUUCAAGAUAUAAAGCACAUAUCAGAAGAUAAGGAACUGGUUGGAGAUGCAGUAGAGAAGAUGGUAGGGCAGUGGGAUGCUCAAAGAGAAGUGUUUUAUCAACAAACAGGAGCAAAUCAGAAGCUCCCUGAAGGAGAGCAGCAACUAGAACCACAGCAGCUGCAGCUGCAGCUGCUGAGUGAUGAGGAGAACUUUGAUCAGGAAUUGGAACAACUGCUAUCUGAAACAUGAUCAUACAAGCAGUUGAAAAACAAGGCUUCAUUGUCCUCUAUGGAUGAUAUACUAGGGAUCCGGCAGAAGGCAAAGUUGAUGGCUGGAUUUUUUCUGAAGUUGUUAUGACUUUUAGUUUGAUACUAAGGCCUCAACUUGCUAAAGAAGGUGAUGGAAUCCAGCGGCUGCUUUUUUUUAGGUGUUUCAUGAAUCAGUGCUAUCUAUGUUGAAUUUUGUACAUGUUAGAGUGUUUGGUUGCAAAGUUAUGAACAAUGGCUCUAGUGAUCUCAUUUGAUACAUUUUCCCUUCAAUUGGAUUGCCCAAGGGAAAAUGUACAGAAAAUGAGAAUUCAAUGCACAUAUUAGCUUUGACCAAGAAUCUGACUUUCCAUGAUGACGUGUUGGCUUUGCACCACCUUUCCUUAUUCCAAUAUAGAUAAAAGCAAGAGUUUGUAUUUAAAGUGUUUAAGAGCAUUUACUCUUGUAAUCGAGGUCCUACGUUUAAUUUUCCUCUCCCCGAUACCCCUUGUAU